AUGGUAUUACUCAUGAACCCAGAUGGUGGCACUCAUGAUCACAGAUGGUUCUGUGGCGCUGGUGGCUGGGGGGGGCUGCACUCCGCGGGGGGCUGCCAUGCUAAGCGUAAGGACGCCGCCCGCCUGGCGUCGGCCGACGACGCUGGUAAUCCCGACGUCGUACCGAAUAUCGGAUCAUCCUUCUCUGCUAAAAGGACGUCUUCACCCCAGCGCUUCUGGCAUAAAGAGAAGACCUUUGAUCAGUCUUCUGGCGGAGCAGCAGCAGUGGCAGCAGCAGGAGCAGGGGCAUCAGAGCAGACUGGUAACACCGUGGUGGAUUUAAAUGGUGUUCAGUCUACUUCAUCGUCUAGUGCCAUCGGUGAGAAGUCUGCAGGUGUUGGUGAAAGGAGAAGUUCAGCAGGAUGCCCCGGGGAGGUAAAACUCCCCGGGGCGGGAUCCAGGGGCACCACAAGCCCCACGGGAAGCCAGCAGUCCACAGGGUGUCUAUCUGAUUCGAGUCCCACUGGCAGUCAGAGAACUACUGGCUGUGUGGGCAGCUCAAGUCCCUCCGGAAGCCAAAGGACUACUGGUUGUGUUGGUAGUUCCAGUCCUUCAGGGAGCCAAAGGACUUCAGGUUGUGUGGGCAGCUCAAGUCCUUCAGGAAGCCAAAGGACUACUGGUUGUGCCGAAAGCUCUAGCCCCGCGGGAAGUCCAAGAACUCCGGGCUAUAUAGGAGAAGGUAGCCCUUCUGCAGGGAUUUCCAGGCUAACUGGGUUUCGAGGCUCGACAGGUGGGAAGGUAGGGACGGAAGUCGCCCUCCGGAGCAGAGGCAGCCCACCCAUUCUCAGACCCACGGCUGGUGUCGUCUUCAGGAGCGCUCCAGGCGGCAGCGGUGGGACCAACCAGCGACCUCUCAGCACCGUGGGAGACAUUGUUGUCAAUCCUCUCCGUCAGGUACAGUACUUUAUUAUUGUUCAAAAAUGAAAGGGUUUUGAUGUAAGUGAUUUAAGCUACCUUCUCAUACCUUUCAUUAUACCUAAUGUGUCCCAUGGCUCGGUUGGUAGCGCACUCAAUUCAUACACUGCGUGUCUGGGGUUCGAUACCCGGUACGAGUGAAAACACUGGGCAUGUUUCCUUACACACGCUUCCCCCUGUUCGCCUAGCAGUGUUAAUCGACUGGUGUGGGUCGCAUCCUGAGGUAGGAUAACAGCUCUUAGCCUGUAAAACUGAUUUCUGUAAAAAAUUAAUCUCUCUCCCAUCCAAUUCCCCAGGUGCUGUUUUAGUAUUGUGAUAAUUUGGUUUAGUUAGUAGCGACCCCUCAGGGCCACAGCCAGUCAAGGUUUGCCAGUGUGAGCAACACCAGGUAUUCAUGAGACAAGUGUUGUGUCUAUGUCUGCUUAUUAUUGCUAACAGGGACGACGUAUUAUUUCCUCUGACGUCAUCUUUCGCCAUGUUUCGCACAGAGACCUUAUUCACUUGCACCUUUCCUCAUUUCUUCCUUGUACAGUGUCCUGCACAUGUAAUUCUCCUAAAGACAUCGUUUAAAGUUACAUUUCCGAAUUGCAGGUUAGGUGAACAUUGUUUCAGUUACGGUAUCUGGUAUCCCCGGAAAGGGAUACUUCUCCUGGCUGUCGGAAUUGCUUUUGUUUU